AUGAACCUCUCAUAUCCGAUCACUCGUUUCAUCGGUCGAGAUCUGGAUUUGACUCCGAAUUUCUUCGGUGUUACCACGUAUGAUUCGGAUGAGAUGAAGAACGGCUCAUAUGCGUCAAAUAUCAAAGACCUCAAAGUUGUCGUGCUGCAUUUCCGUGCUCAUAAGCCUGCGGAUUGGUCCGAAGACGACAUCUAUGCAUGGGAGCGUGGUGUUGGUAAAUACUUCAGAGAAACUGAUGAACUACCACUGAUCAAAACGUAUAUAGUUUCGUUGGCAUACACUCAAGAUGAAGUUGUACGAACUGGCUUGACCAUAUUCCCAUAUAUAUUCGUUGGAUUUGCCAUUAUGUGUGUUUUUUCGAUUCUGACCGUCUUCAUUGGAUCGAAAUAUCAACAUCAGUGGUCUAUUCACAAAAUUACUUAUGCCGUAACCGCAUGCACGACACCACUGCUGGCCACAACGACCGCAUUCGGGAUAGCGAUCAGCCUUGGAUUUCGGUUUGGCACUGUACUUUGCGUUACACCGUUUCUUGUUUUAGCUAUCGUACGUGUUGACAGUGAGCGCAUCAAGUGCUAUAUGUUCGUUCGUGAUAAUGAAGAAAUUCGGCACUAUUCGGUCAAGAAUCACUUCGGAUUGUUGUUGAUUGCAGGUGUUGAUGACGCAUUUUUGAUGAUAAAUGCUUGGAACCGCGUCUGCGGAAAGCGAAUUCGGAGUGGAAUAAAAGACGAUCUGAGAGAGCGAAUGGCUGAGGUACUGGUCGACGUUGGACCAUCGAUUACAAUCACAUCAUUUACGAAUGCUGUAGCGUUCGGCAUGGGAACAUUCAUGCCAACACCAGAAAUUCGCCUGCUCUGCAUUUACACUGCAAUCGCAUUGUUCUUGGACUACAUCUACACAAUCACUAUCUAUGCGGCCAUUAUGAGCAUUGGGGGUCGUUUUGAGAUGCGAGCUGAGAAAACCGUGCCGAAAUCUUGUGAUGGAAAAGAUAAACGCAAAAUGAGAACGGUU